UUGAUCUAUCUUGCUCGAGCUCGUGAUUCAUCGAUCUACAAGUUGCGAUGGUUUCUGUGAAAAAGUUAACUCGUCGAUCGACUCGUUUGACGACCCGUACAGCUCCGAUAGCUUCUCCGGCGAUCUCUGGUCCGGAUUCUCAGGCUUCGCAGGCGACUACCGGUGUCGAUCUUACGAACUCGAUUCAUUCUCCGUUCUUUAUGCAUACUUCCGAUCAUCCAGGUCUGAUUCUCAUUUCCCUGAAGCUUGAUGGAUUGAACUUUGAUGAUUGGGAAGCAGCCAUGAAGAUAGCUUUAGAUGCGAAGAAUAAGAUUGGAUUUGUAGAUGGAUCGCUUCCUCGUCCUCUUGAAUCUGAUUUAAACUUUCGUGUAUGGUCUCGUUGUAACAGCCUUGUUAAGUCGUGGAUUCUUAACUCGGUUACAACUCAGAUCUAUCGGAGUAUUCUUCGUUUGAAUGAUGCGACGGAUGUUUGGAAUGAUUUACAUAGCCGUUUCCAUAUGACUAACCUUCCUCGGACUUACAACCUCACACAGGAGAUACAGGAUUUGCGUCAAGGUUCACUUUCCCUCUCUGAUUACUUUACUAAGUUGAAGACAUUGUGGAGUAAUUUGGAGAACUGUGAAGAACCUGAUGAUCCUUGUGUGUGUGGGAAAGCUCUUCGUCUUCAUCAAAAGGCAGAACGAGCUAAGAUUGUGAAGUUCCUGGCUGGUCUCAACGAGUCAUAUGCAGUCAUCCGUCGUCAGAUCAUCAUGAAGAAGACUUUACCUUCUUUAACAGAGGUGUAUAACAUUCUUGAUCAGGAUGAUAGCCAGAAGAGCUUCACCUCUGCUAUAUCACCUGCUGCAUUUCAAGUUUCUGAGUCUCCUAAUCUACCUCAGAAUACUUCGACCAUAUGCUAUGUCCAGUCUGGUGCUCACAAAGGGAAACCAAUUUGUUCUUUCUGCAACAAAGUUGGUCACAUUGCUGAGAGAUACUACAAGAAGCAUGGUUUUCCACCGGGUUAUAACAUGAAAGGAAAGACACCUGAGAAGUUUCAGAAACCUUCUACUUCUGUGACUCCUCAAGUGAAUGUUUCUACUCAGCUAGACGCAAAACCUGCUCCACUUGACAACUUGAUUGGGAAUCUUUCUAAAGAUCAGAUUCAACAAUUCAUUGCCCUGUUUAGUUCUCAACUUCAGAGUAAUGCAGUUGCUGGUUCAGGUGAUGCUUCUACAUCUCAGACACCUACUGAUCUCCCAGGUAUCACUUUCUCUCAGUCUACCUUUUGUUUUGUUGGCAUACUUACUGUAUCUCGGCAUACUCUUAAUACCAAUACAUGGGUUCUAGAUUCGGGUGCUACACAUCAUGUUUCUCAUGAUAAAGCAUCUUUCAUUUCUUUGGAUAUGAAUGUGACUAGCUCUGUGAAUUUGCCUAAUGGUUCUUUAAUAAAGAUCAGUGGAGUGGGCAAUGUUCAAUUAAACAAGCAUAUUCUUCUCAAGAAUGUGUUGUUUAUACCGGAGUUUCGGUUAAACCUCAUCAGUAUAAGCUCCUUGACUACUGAUCUUGGUUCCAGAGUUAUGUUUGAUCCGUCUACUUGUGAAAUACAGGAUCGUACCAAGGGCUCGACGAUUGGUCAGGGUAGAAGAGUGGGUAAUCUGUAUGUGCUGGAUGUCAAUGAAGCUUUUGUGAUGGUGAAUGCAGUUGUUGAUAUUGGUACUUGGCACAACAGACUCGGACAUGCCUCGUUCUCAAGACUUGAUUUGAUCUCUGAAGCUUUGGGAACAACAAGAUCCAAGAAUAAAGGGAAUUCUUUCUGUCAUAUAUGCCAUUUGGCCAAGCAGAAGAAACUUUCUUUUCCUUCACCAAACAACAUAUGUAAUUCAAACUUUGAGCUUUUACAUAUUGAUGUUUGGGGACCAUUUUCAGUUGAGACAGUGGAUGGUUUUCGAUAUUUCUUGACUAUUGUGGAUGAUCACUCCCGUGCCACUUGGGUUUAUUUACUACGUACAAAGGAUGAAGUAAUCAGCGUGUUCCCUGCUUUUGUGAAUCAAGUAGAGAAUCAGUACAAUGUGAAAGUUAAAUCCGUGCGAUCAGACAAUGCUCCAGAAUUGAAAUUCUCGAAGUUCUUUCAAGAAAAAGGGAUUUUUGCUUACCAUUCUUGCCCGGAAACACCAGAGCAGAACUCUGUGGUCGAGCGAAAACACCAGCACAUCCUCAACGUAGCCAGAGCCUUCAUGUUUCAGUCUCAGCUUCCGCUUGCCUACUGGGGUGAUUGUGUACUGUGUGCGAUCUUUGUCAUCAAUCGUACACCGUCUCCUCUGCUUGGUAAUAAGACUCCACAUGAAGUUUUAACUGGUAAGAUUCUUUCUUAUGAUCAAAUGAGGACUUUUGGCUGUUUGUGUUAUGGCUCUACUUCUCCGAAACAGAGGCAUAAGUUCCAGCCAAGAUCAAGAGCUUGUGUUCUUCUGGGAUAUCUGUCUGGUUACAAGGGUUACAAGCUACUUGAUUUGGAGACUAACAAGAUUUCUAUCUCGAGAAAUGUCAUCUUUCAUGAGGAGAUAUUUCCAUUGGCUUCGUCUCCUAUGAAUGAAGCUGCGCUGAAACUCUUCACACCGCCUUUGUCUUCAGGUAACAUACCUUUAUCAUCAUCAUCCUCUUCAGAAAUUUAUCCAUCUCCUGUUCUUCCACCACAAAUUUCUUCCAGACCACGUAAACAACCUGCUCAUUUACAGGAUUAUCAUUGUUAUACGUUGGAUUCUGAUCUACAAUAUCCCAUUUCGUCUUCUCUUUCAUAUUCUAAAAUCUCUCCAUCUCACUUAUCAUAUAUCAAUACCAUCACAAAAAUCCCAAUUCCUCAAUCAUUUUCUGAGGCAAAGGAUUCUAAAGAAUGGUGUGAAGCAGUUGAUAAGGAGUUUAAUGCUAUGGAAGAUACAAAUACUUGGUCGGUUGCUACUCUACCUGCUGGAAAGAAAGCAGUUGGUUGCAAGGUUCUUUAUUCUCUGAAGUUUAAUGCGGAUGGUACUCUUGAGAGGAGGAAGGUUCGUGUUGUUGCUAAAGGAUACACACAGAAGGAGGGUUUAGACUACACUGAGACAUUCUCACCAGUAGCUAAGCUCACUACUGUUCGGUUUCUAUUGAAGGUAGCUGCAUCUCGGAAAUGGUUUCUUCAUCAACUUGAUAUUUCAAACGCAUUUUUGAAUGGUGAGUUGAAUGAAGAAAUUUAUAUGAAGAUCCCUGAUGGCUAUGCAGAGCGGAAAGGUCUUACUUUGCUUAAAAAUGCUGUGUUUCGUUUGAAUAAAUCGAUUUAUGGGUUAAAGCAGGCAUCACGGCAAUGGUUUCUGAAAUUUUCCGCUGCUUUGUUGAGGUUGGGUUUUACCACAGGCACUGGAGAUCAUACUUUGUUUCUGAAGUCUUGUGCUGAUGGUCAUUUUCUGGCAGUGUUGGUCUAUGUUGAUGAUAUCAUUGUUGCUAGUACUAAUGAAUCUAUCUCCAAGUCUCUGAUUCAAGACUUAUCUCAGCAGUUUAAACUCCGGGAUCUUGGUGUUUUGAAGUAUUUCUUAGGCUUGGAGAUCGCUCGUUCAAGUGAGGGCAUUUCUAUUUGUCAACGGAAAUAUGCUUUAGAGAUCCUCACUUCUUCGGGUAUGUUGGGUUGUAAACCUACAUCUACACCUAUGAUUCCUAAUCUUCAUAUGUCCCUUAAAGAUGGUGAACUGAUCUCUGAUCCGGCGAUGUAUCGAAGUCUUGUUGGUCGUUUGAUGUAUUUGACGAUCACACGACCAGAUAUUACUUAUGCGGUGAACCGGUUAUGUCAAUUCUCUUCAGCACCACGUUCUCCUCAUCUUCAUGCCGUGUAUCGAGUUUUGCAGUACAUUAAAGGAACGGUGGGUCAGGGGCUCUUCUACUCUGCCUCUGAUGACUUGACUUUGAAAGGUUUUGCUGAUGUGGACUGGAAUUCAUGUCGUGAUAGCAGACGUUCAACAACUGGUAUGGCUAUGUUUCUUGGUGAUUCGUUGAUCUCCUGGCGUUCAACAAAGCAAGACACGGUCUCUUGUUCUUCUGCUGAAGCAGAGUACAGAGCAUUGUCUAAUUCUUCUAAAGAGAUGGUUUGGCUUAUCAAGUUAUUGAAUGAUCUGAAGGUUCCUCAGAUUCACACUCCUAUAUUAUUCUCUGACAGUACAGCAGCUAUCUACAUCGCUACUAAUCCGGUUUUUCAUGAGAGGACUAAACAUAUUGAGAAUGAUUGUCAUUUUGUUCGGGAAAGGCUUGAUCGUGGAACUCUCAAGACUCUUCAUGUACGGACUGAAGAUCAGGUUGCUGACCUAUUCACGAAGCCUUUGUUUCCUUAUCAGUUUGAGCAUCUUAAGUCCAAGAUGAGUCUUCAUAAUAUCUUUGGAAGCUCAUCUUGAGGGGGCCUAUUGAUGUAUAUACCCGGUUUAGUGGUUUAGUUAGAAGUGUGGUUAUCUUAACCAAUUGUAAAUCCUAACUAUAUAUACUUGUAAAUGCUCAUUUUAAUAAAUAAGAGAUAUUUUUAUAUUGUAUCUCCUUCUUCUCUCCCAAGCAACCUUGUUCGUAACAUCAAAUGUUAAUUAUGAAAACCUCUAAGUAAGAGAGAAGGUUUAGAGGAUCGAAUGUGGUGUUAUUAGCUAAGCCGAUCAGAAGACACUCUGAGCGAGGCAGAAGGUUUAGAGGAUCUAAUUGUGUAUGUAAUAAUCACUAUGUUGGACAGUAGUAUUGUGCAGUAGACCUGAGAAUGUAAGCAGUUUUCUGGAGAUGGAUUCAUUGUUUGGCCCGGUAAUUAAUGGAUCUCCUUCAUGAAUGAUUAUUUGAAUCGUUUUUGCUUUGUUUGAGUUGAGGCAACUUAUUGUUGUGUAUAAUCGAGUGAAGGAUUCUCGGCUUGUGUACAAACACUAUGCUACUCUCUAUUUCGUGCUUGUUUUUGAUGGAUCAGAGAAUGAGCUUGCUAUGCUUGAUCUCAUUCAAGCUGCGCUUUUUCUUUAUCUGUUUGUAUAUCACUAUUGUUCUAAUCAGAAUGUGAUAAAAAAAAAUCAUAUUAUGUGGUUUUUAAUAUAAAAACAGUAUAUUACAUGUGUGAAGAAAAACUGAAAUUGCAAUCAGCUGUGAGGAAGUAAAAUAUACAAAGUAGAAACAGAGACAAUAGAAAUCAGACUCGUGAUUUGUAGAAUCGUACCAGUGUCUUAGCUUGUUAUCAUGAGAUGGAUAUGAAUGGUGUGCUGGCUUAGUUGGUUUGUAACAGAGAUGUGGGUGUUUGUGUACUUUGGAUUUUGAUAUUGCAUUGGGUUUUAAUUAAAUCCCUGUGUAUAUUGGGUUUUAAGUCCUAUAGAAAUGACUCUACUCUUGUCACCAGCUGAUGUGAAAUAUAUGAAUGGUUGCUCAUUUGUUCUUUUUUCCUCUUUUAAAGCUUGUGGAAAACAUGUAUCUUUCAUAGCAUGAUUACUUCAGUCUUAUUCUUGCAUUUGUAGUUCUUGUUGAAACACUGGACAAAUGCUUCAGCAAUGUCUGUGAACUCGACAUUGUGCUCAACUACAGCAAGGUAUACUGGUGCCGCAUAAUAGUUUGCACAGUUUUCGGAUAACCACAUGAUACAAAAACGUGUUAGUAGUAGUGAGUAGUGACUUGUGUCAUCGUCUUUAUUGCGUUUACAACGUUGCAGAUGCAUACAGUGUUAGACGAGAUUGUGUUUGGAGAUCAAGUUCUUGAAACUAGUUCCACGGAAGUCAUUAAGGCUGUUGAAGAUAUAUCAAAGUUAGAAGCUGCCUCCAACGCUAUUUCACUUGUCCCCAAGUCUGUUUCCGGGUGGCGAGGCCGAUAGCUUCAAAAGUAACUUGCCUGAACCGUGACAAAGACCAAGUUAAUUAGAUUCCAAAACAUGUAACAAACAUUCUUUCAUGUCUUAAAAUUACUUUCAUCACACUUUGUAAUUCAAGUGUUUUGCUUGCACGAAAUUGUUGUGUUUCUCCUCUUGUCCUGUCCUUUGAUCGUGUAAUGUUUGCUUAAUGGACUCAUACAUGGGUCUGAAUCUGAUAAUAGUAAUUGUGGAAUUAAAUUGCAUGCUGUCUUUGAAUAGGAUUUAAAAAUAAAACGGCUAGAAACGUGUCGAUUGGGUAAGGAAAGAAGAAGAGAUAGUAGUAUAGGGGGGCUAUGUAUAGGAAGUAGUACGACUACGCCGAACGGCGUGCAUUGUUAAAAGAGUCAAAACGAAAUUCGAUGGGAGAAGCGAAGAGGUUCUGAAGAUUCGAAAAAUGGUUUGAAGUGCCAAUUCAUAUCAAUAAUAUCAUUCUGCCUUUUGAAAAUUCUUAUGAUCCAUCUCUGCAUUUUUCCCAGUGACGGACAGGUUUUUGACCUUUUAUAUUAACUCAUUGGAUAUAUGUAUUUGUAUCUUAUCUAUACUAUUUAAUAUUCCUAAUUUCAUAAUAUAAAUCUCCUUUUUUUUGUUUUACAAAUAAAUUACUUUUCCAUUUCAUUAAAAAACAGAUUAUGAAACAUAUGAAUGCAAAUAAAUACAAUAGCUUUAUGUAAUUACAAGGUUUAACAAUUUUCAUAAUAUAAAUCGUUUUUUUUUGUUUUACAAAUAAAUUACUUUUCCAUUUCAUUAAAAAACAGAUUAUGAAACAUAAGAUUGCAAAUAAUACAAUAGCUUUAUGUAAUUAAAAGGUUUAACAAAUAAUGAUUUAGUGCGAGUCAUCUGUGGUAUGUCAGAUAUACAGCUGAUUAGCGCGCAUAAAUUGUGUUUAGUUUUAGGACAUGUUUUCCUUGUUAACUAUUUCCUCUACGUAUUUGAAAAUGUUUUUUUUAUAACAUAAGCUUAGGCCAAUGACCAAAUUUUACUAUAUGUGGGCUGGGGGAACUAUAUAUUUCUAAGUAGUAAUCAGUUUGUUGAAUCGAAUUCUUGAUUUUUUAGGCUGUUGCUUCUAUCUUGCUUUGGCAGGGCACUUUGGAUAUCUAAAGUAGUUACAAGAUUAUAUUUUCGACGAUUGUCCGAACUAAGAUGGAAUGUCUCUCUUUUUGCUAUAGUGUGUCUCCCUCUUUAUGCUCUAAAGCUAUUGAGCUACAAGAACAAGAAAAAAGUUGAAAAAAACUGUGUUGUGUCGAAGACAAAAGAAUAAUAAGUGGAAGAUUCAAAGUGGAGUUAUCGUUAGGACCAAAAAUGUAGUAUAUAUUUUAAAAAGAGAAACUUGUUGGGUAAAGAUGAUACAACAAAUCCAACAUACGUUUGUGUCCUAGAAGAAUUGGUCAAGCUAGCAAAGAUGUACCAUGGACCAAAGUGACUACCUUUGAUCAUAUUUAUUUAUUCAUAUCUUAUGUUUUGUAUCAUGAUUGAUACCUCUCCCAAUCUUGGGGCAUUCCUCUUGUUGGUCCAACAAUUUUCCUUUUCCACUUUUGCAAUCUUCACAUACAUUGGACCAUUCCUACAUUUGUUUCUCUUGCUUUUCUUUUGCCUCUGCCACUUUCAUCUCAUUUGAUAUAUGCGGUUAAUUCAUCCAUUACACACAAACGAAUAAAUUGUUACAGAAUUAUAUCCGUCAUCCAUCCCUAAGAUUUUUAGAUAUACUAAUAAUUUAUCAAAGCUUAUAUAUGCAUAAGAUAAUCUGAAAAAAUGUAUAAGAUAAUUUGUGGUAUUUUUAACUUAAAAUAAAAGGAAAGAUAUACUACGCCUAUGUUCCAGUCAACCAUACCACUUUGACUAAAUACAAAAGUAUAGCUGAAUUUUGUACUAAAUGAAUUAUACUAAAAGCAUGAUUAAUGAAAAUUAUUAGAGUUAAAAGUUAAAAGAUGAUUUUUUAUAUUCUGUUAAGAACUUCACCUUAAAAACUUCCAUUAACCAUGUUUAAGAAUUUUAAACAUGAGAUCCUUAAGACGUGUGAAGAGACGCUUUGGAGGCGACAACAUGAAGUUACAGGAGCCGUAGACAAAAAAAAAUGGUCUAAACAUAGGACAGCUGAAACUGAACUGUUAUACUUUUAUAUAGUUAACCGUUUAACGAAAAAAAAAAUCACGGGGUAUUUGGAAGCGACAUCCUUUUUUGUUAGGUAACAGAAGCGACAUGCUAAAUUGCAAUUCUUUGGAAAAAAAAUUUGGAUGAGAAAUAUAACAAAGUACACUAGUUUUGCCAUAAUAUACUAAUAAUUUAGUCUACAAUUUUCUUCCUCCAAAAAAACUUAUAUUUUGUAUACAACUAUAUUUAUAUCUACCCAUAGACAAUAGUAUUCACAUUACUUUUAAUGUAUAUCAUGAAAGCAGAAAUCAUUCUUAGUUAGCAACCCCUAUAAUGAUUUUUCAUUUUUAAAGAACACACACCAUACAAACAGAAUUUUCAAACAAAAAUAAAAGAGAAAGCAGAAUCCAUCAAAAGGCAGAGAGAAGAAACAUUCCAGUCGUGUUUUGUAACUUUUGAGGAACAACUCAUAAACCAACACAUACUACUAUAUAUAUUAAAAUAAACUAAACAUUAGUUUAAAAUAGUUAUUACUAAGUUAUCAUUUGAUUACUUUACAUGCAUGCAUGCAUGCGGAAAACUAAAUCUAGCUACAUGUGUCCACGUGGCACUCUGAUUAACGACAAAAUGGAUUAAUUCAACUAAUUCACUCGUCUUCACCAAAAAUACGAUCUCUCUCCCUCGCUUUAUGUUUUCUUGGAACUGGCGAAAACAUUUUUGGAACUUCGUGGGUCCUGCCGAAUCCACCGAAUACAUGGUCAUCAUCAUUUGCAUUUGCAUCAUCAUCAAACACCAAGUAGUUUUACUGCUCUCGUAGCGGACUACGAACAGUCUUUUUCAUUUGUUCUUUGUUUUUUUUUCUGAUAAUCAGAAGGUACUAAUCCUCUUGAACAAGACGCAGUCUUUGGUAAUACGCUGAAGGGGCACGAACCACUAACCCAACUCAGCGUUGAUAUUUAAAACUCUUUGUUAACAAUUUUAUGAAUAGGUAUAUACUAAAAUGUAAAUUCAAAUUAAAUCUGAGUAAGGUAUUUUUUUGUUAAAACAUAUUGAAUACUAAAAUUAGUUUUUUAAGAUUGUAAUUUUAUCUAAUUUUCAUUGCGGAUUAGAGUUAAUUAAACAAAUUCAUGAUUCUCUGAACUUUCGUUUUUAAUUUUCUUAGAGCAUCUCCAAAAGAAACUCUAUAACUUCAAAUAUAAAGUUUUUUUUGCUCUCUAAAAAAAAAGUUUCAAAACUUCAAAUUUAGAGUUUUAAUAGCAUCUCCAAUGUAAAACUACUAUUUUUUCCUCCAAAAUAUAGUAAAAAUAAAAAUGGAGUAAAAUUGUUUCAACCUUACUCAAUUUUCCAGUCCAUAAUGGAGUAAAAGUUAUGAACAAACAAAAAAUAGAUUACUCCAUUUAUGGAGUAAAUUUCAUUAUGGAAUGAGAUAUGUAGUUGGGUUGGAGCAUUUCUUACUUCAUAUUUACUUUUACUCUAUUUUAGAGGAAAAAAUGAAGUAGAGAUGAAGAUGCCCUAAGAAGUGAAACACUACUCAAAACUCUAAAUUUGAAGUUUUAUUUUUUAUUUGCAUCUUGGUCCUUAUAAUUAAUUAUACAUCAUAUUUAUAAUAUUUUAAAAUAAGAAUUAGACAACAAAAAUAUUACAAAAAAAGAACUUAACAAUUUUUGAAAAAAUACAUGAAGACAUAAUUAUUACACAAAUUUAAAUAUUACAUAGACACUAAUAGUCUAGUAAAUUUGCUCCGAAACUUCUAAAAUUGUCCAAACAAAUUUUGUAUAAUCUAAAAUGGAGCAUUAAGAAAAUAAUUUUAUGUAAUAAUGUGAUAUUUUGCUUGUAGUUUAAUAUUUAGUUAUGUAUUUUUAUUUAUAAUUUAGUGUAAAAUUUUAUUAAUUAAUAUUACUAUAAUAUUUAUAUAUAUGUGUUAAUAUUUAUAAAAAGUUUUAUGGAUUUAUAUUAAUUAUGACAAAUAUAAGGACCAUAGUGUAAAUUACAAACAAUUUUGAAGUUAAAUUUGAAGUUUUGUUUUUGGAGAAUAACACCUUAAAACUUUAAAUAUAGAUUUUGCAUAGAGAGUUUUUUUGGAGAUGCUCUUAGGGCAUGACAACGGUAAAAAACUCAAAUUGAGUAUCUAAGUAUCUCCAACACCACUUUAUAUUUUACUCCAAAAUUGUGAAAAUUGAGUAAUGAACAAAAAAAAAAGAUUACUCCAUUUAUAGAGUAAUGCUUUUAUUUUUUAUUCAUCGCUUUAUUUUUCCCUCUAGUUUUUAUAUUUUGGAGUCAAAUAUGGACUGGGGUUAGAGAUGUUCUAAGCUAUAAAUUAUUAUUAUUUGUUCACUUUAUUAACUGAUUAAAAAUUAAUUUUAAAAUAAAAUAAUUUGUAACCAAUAAAAAGAAGACAGGUUAAGAUUUAAGAAAAUGAAGUUCUAAUCGGUUUUAAAAACUUAUAAGAAGAGAUACAUUUGUUUAGUGUCUUGUCAUUUUUUUUAAUAGUAUAAUAAUGAGUAGAAACUCUUCAUCAUCUCUCUGAUGGGGAUGGUCUUACAAGCUUGUUUGAAUUUUCAUUAUUAGUUAAGACUGAUAAGAAUAAAUAUAUUUUUAUAAAUAUUUACAAUUGUGAAAUUUUUAAAAUGAUUGCUGGAAAAUUAAUAUUGUGAACAAAUAAGAAAGUAAAUAAUUAUAGUGGCUUCUCUAUUGGUCUGGGAUACCCUAGGUUAAUCAAAAAAAAAAUGUAAAUAAUUAGUAAAUUAAAUUUCCUUAUCAAGAAAAUCCCGGAGUAUAAUUACGAAAAUCUGGGGGAAAAAAAAAAAAAAAUUACGAAAAUCUGAUCUCGUGCCUUCAAUUUAAUUAUACGUAGUUUAUUUAUGGGCAUUAGCGAAGUGCUUGGUUUAUUCGUAUCACUACAUAACAAGGCGCCUGCAAGCCCGUGAGUUCAAAAACUGGUGGUAGGAUGGGAGCGUAUUGGUCACGGCUUGUUGGGUCGUGUGAGAUAUUAGUAGCUUUGCAUGUAGUGGCGAAACGUAACGCUUUGUGUCUCGGGGUUAUCACAGUUUUACGUUUCGAGUUUAACAAAAUUACUAUAAAUAUAGAUUACGUACAAUAAUUAGAGUUUUAAAACUCUAUAAAUAUUAACGUUCGACAGAGCAUCUUUUGGAAAGUGGUGGUCGUAUAGUCGAACUAAGUUUCAGCAAUCUCAAGACGAUCUGAUUUUGCCCUUUUAUUUUAAAAUUAUUGUUUUCAAAUGUUUUUUUCUUCUAAAUGUUCGAAUAUGAUAACUGCGCAACAACAAGAUAGCUUACCAAUAAAUAAGUUCGUCUUUUGAUCACAAUUGUUGAGCCUCCUUUUUUUGUUUAAUAUACGGAUCAAAAUUCAAAUUAAUUUAGAGAAUAUAUAAUAUGGAGCAACUGGUCUGAUAUAUUUCCACUUCAAGUGUUCAUCCAUAAACGGUCAUCUGAUUUGAAAUUGUAAAGGGAUAACUCGAAGCAAAGCCUCCUAAAUUGGUCUGAAUUUGUGUAUUUAAUCAGACAUAGUAUGUGUAAUUUGUUCAGCUAUAAGACUUUCACCAUUUCAAGCUGUACAUGUUUUACAUCUGAUUCCUUACAUGUUCAAUUUUUUGGAUUUUUUUCAGCAUACAUAUUAUUCUUUCAUAUCAUGAGAUCAAAGUUUUAAUGUUUAGAGAUUCAAAUUAGAUAUACCUUAAUUAUCCAUCGAAACAUAUACAAGUACCCCGUACCAUAUCAGUAUGACAGUAUAUCACUAUAAUUUAGCUAUAGAGGAAAAUAAUUUUAU